GGAGAGAAUAGUGAAAAGGGAUGGCCAGAAAAAAAAAUAUUAUCACAUUAUCACUUUUGCUAUGUUUAUCGUUAUAUGAAGGGAAGAUUCUCACAUACGUUUCACACGCAUUUUACCAGUUUCGUCAUAACAGAGAUACCAAAAAUGGAUUAAGUAUUAGAGGUACUAUUGCCCUACAAAUUGAUUUUCUAACACGCGUUGAUGCUUAUCACAAGAGUCACGCGAACAUUUACUAAUAGUGAUCUUUUUCCUUUAAUCUAUCCAUAAGCCACAAAAACAAAAAGCCCCAAACAAAAUAAAAAAAAAAAAAAUGAAAA